GAUAACAGAAAAUAAGUGAAGUGAAAUAAAUAAAAAAAAAAUAACUUAAAAUAUAUUUACAUAUAGCUGGGUUCUAUUGUUAAAUAAUUAUCUAGCAGAUUCCUAAACUAGAAGUGUGAAAAUUAAAAGAGAAGAAUAAAGAAAAAUUUAAGAAAAAUAAAAAUAAAUUUUUCCAUAAAAAAUCGCUUUUGCAACAACAACAAGUGCCAAUUUUAAAAGAAUUUACCUUUUUGUAACAGCCUUAAUUAAUCACUAGAAACAAUCAACAACAAAAUGUAUCCAUUUGGAACCGGUAUGCCACAACCACACGCCACAUCAUCAGCUUCAGGUUAUAAUACAAAUACUCAGCCUAGCGGUAUGCCAGCUGGUGUGCCAUUCGGUGCUGGCUGGAUAGCGCCCACACAGCAUCCACAUCAGCAACAGCAACAACAACAGCAACAAUCGAAUUUACACUAUCAACCGAAUACUACAGCACCUUAUCCCACACAUCACAAUAAUGCCGCUCCAUAUCCUACUAAUAAUGGAGCGGCUCCUUAUCCCACAUCUUCACCUUAUCCUCAUACAGCUCCUUAUCCCUCGAAUCAACCACCCUAUCCACCCACUGGCAAUCAUAACGCUCCCUAUCCCGGUUCAUCCUAUCCCCAUAAUCCACAACAGGCCGCUUAUCCACCAGCAUCCUCAUCGCCACACUAUCACAAUGCUCAUUAUCAAGCUCCCAUCAAUCCAUCGAAUCAUCCAACAUCGUAUAAUCCUCAGCAUGGUUAUACACCAGUACGUACUUCAGGUGGCCUCGAAUCACCAGCUGGCAAUAUACAACACUGUUUUGCAGAAUUGGCUCAAAGACAAGGUCAUCCCAUACAGCAUCAUACUAUGCAACGCAAAGAGGGCACCCCAACCGUUUUCCCAGCUCAAAGUUUUGAUCCCGUUAAGGAUGCCCACGAUUUGCGUAAGGCCAUGAAAGGUUUUGGUACCGAUGAGGAUGCCCUAAUCAAUAUUAUAUGCAGACGUUCCAAUGAACAGAGACAAGAAAUCCAACGCCAAUAUAAAACACAUUUUGGCAAAGACCUUAUCGAAGACAUCAAAUCGGAAACUAGUGGCAAUUUUGAAAAGCUUCUAGUGGGUCUUUUGCGUCCCAUUGUCGACUACUAUUGCUGUGAAUUGAAUGAUGCCAUGGCUGGCAUUGGUACUGAUGAGGAUGUUUUAAUUGAAAUUUUAUGUACUUUAUCGAAUCAUGAAAUUCAUACCAUUAAAAAUCAAUAUUUGAGAUUGUAUGGUGCCCAUUUGGAAUCUGAAUUGAAAUCGGAAACUUCUGGCAACUUUAAACGUUUGUUGGUCUCUCUUUGCACUGCUGCUCGUGAUGAAAGUGGCCACACGGAUCGUGAUGCUGCACAGAGUGAUGCUCGUGAAUUGUUAAAGGCUGGUGAGUUGCGUGUGGGCACCGAUGAGAGCAUGUUUAAUAUGAUCUUGUGCCAGCGCAAUUAUCAACAAUUGAAAUUGAUUUUCCAAGAGUACGAGCACAUGACUGGCCACUCAUUGGAGAAGGCCAUUAAGAAGGAAUUCUCGGGUGAUAUAAUGGAAGGUCUCAUUGCCAUCUAUCGUUGUUGCACCAAUAAGGCUGAAUAUUUUGCAUCUCGUUUACACAAAAGUAUGGCUGGUAUUGGCACCAAUGACAAACAAUUGAUACGUGUCAUUAUUACCAGAUGCGAGAUUGAUAUGGGUGAUAUUAAGACCGCUUAUGAGCGCAUGUAUAGCAAGAGUUUGAAGAGUUGGAUUAAGGGUGACACUUCUGGUCACUACAAACAUGCCUUGUAUGCUUUGAUUGGAGAACAACGUUCCAACUCUUAAGAUGCAGAAAGAGGAAAACAACAUUAUACAAUUUUUUUUUAUUAAACAAUAUUUUUAUAUAAAAAGAAAAACAUAAAAAAAGAUAAAAAUAUAAUUUUUUAUUAUACAAAACUUAUUCCUACUCUUUAAAAAUCGAAUAUAUUGUAAUUUCUUAUUAAAAAAGCAAAGUAUUUUUUCAUUAAUUUUAUAUAAAUCUCUAAAAUAUGUAUGAAUAAUUGUUUUAAACAAAAUAAAUCUCAAUUCAUUGACAGAAGCUGCAUUUAAAAUGUCAUUAAAUCCAAUAAUAUUCUAUUCUAUGCUAAUGAAAUCCCUGUUACCAAAUUUUGUCUUUAUAAAUUAAAGAAAUUUAAUUUUUACUUUUUCUGUUAUUUUUGUCAUUUAUUCAUGUUUUAUUUAAAUACUGUCCUUUAUUAUUAUUCCUAAAGUAAACAUACAUAAAAAUAAAAUAAAAAGUUAUAAAAAACUUAAAUAAAAAA